GGAGCGCGCGGCAUUCAGUGCGUGAGACACCAGGUAGAGGAAGGUGAAGUCAACUCGCGAUCUGACCUUAAACUUUCCCGCACUUUGCUUGUUUGUUUGUUUGCUUGUUUAUUUGUUGUUUUGUCGGCAUGUGGGCGCGUGCUGUGUUGUGCGCGGCGCUACUGUCGGUUCUGUGUCCGGCCGGCUCGACGGAAGCCGAGAGGGACGAGAGAGAAGUGCAGGACUACAGCAACUCCAACAGACUGCUCGGAGCGCUGCAUGAAGUUCUGGAGAAGCUGCAGACAAAGAGGAUCAAUCCCUGGGAGAAGAAAUACGGACAGGUUCCUUCUUGUGACCUCGGGGAGCACUGCGCCAUCAGGAAAGGAUCUCGGAUCGGGAAGAUGUGCGAUUGUCCCAGAGGAGCUUUCUGCAACUUCUUCCUGCUGAAGUGCUUAUGAGCCAAAACACGUCAUCAAGAGUGUGUUGUAAAGCUGUAAAUUUUCCAUUAGAAAGACAAACAUCCAGGCUGCAUGUAAGGAGCCUUCAGUGUGGAAUCAAUGUGUGUUGUGCAUUAAAGAUGUUUUUGCUUUAAACUGAAACUCUGCUUCAUUUUAUAAUCCACAUGAACUGGAUAAAAAUAGAAAUUUAACUGGUUAUUAGGGCUGGGCGAUAUGGUUUCAAAAUAAACUGAUUUUUACAUACCAGAUGCAUUUUUUUCCUCACUUGUUUUAAUAAGACAGAAAAUAUUUUCAAAAGUUAAGUAUUUCUAUCAAAUAGUAUCUGUAAAACGUAUACCAAAGUGUAACUUUACAAGAUUCUCAAUAUUCCUCAUUUUAAUUUUUUUAUUUUUCAUGUUGGAGUUUUUGUAAAAUUACACUUUAUUCUAAUACUACAUCUUUAUUCUCAUGUUAUUUCAACUGUAUUUUUGAAAAUUUUUGUAACUUUUUUUCUUGUAAUUAAAAAAAAAUAAUUGUAGCCUGGCCCUGAUAUUCUGUUGUAAAGUUAACCUGAAUUCAAAGUCCAAACAGAAGUUGUAAUAAACGCUUGUGAAACAAGA